GCACACCAGGGUGCAGAGGUUACCUCUUCUGGUUCAUUGAAGCCAGCUGACUCCACUCAUUUAGGCAAGGGUUGUAACAAUGGGCAGCUGAGAUUUCCUGACUGGUGGUGAUCCGGUACCCCCCAAUGAUGAAGAGAUAGUUGUCCAGCAUGGCCGACCCGUAGCCUCGCACGUUCACCAGAUCUGGAGCAUUAAUGUGACUUAUCUCCAGUUACUGCAGAUUGUAUAGAUCUCAGGACUCGGCAAUUCUGUUAAGUCAGAGCACACUGGCAGGGUAGAUCUUCUGCUCUCUUACUGUAUUAAUCUGCGUGCUGUGUUUACGUGGUGCUAAUGCUGCAGUUGUAUCAAGGAAACUUGGUUUACAUACACAUAAAAUACAGCCUGAGAUGAUGGACAUGGUGAGAGUCCCUCUCCAUUCUGCAUUUGUGAGGUGCCAUCUGGUGAAUUGCAUCCAGGUUUGGGGACCCCAACACAGGAAAAGACGUGGAUCUUUUGGAGAGGUUCCAGUGGAAGGCCAUGAAGAUAAUCAGAGGACUGGAAUACCUCUCCUAUGAAGACAGGCUGAAGGAGCUGGGCUUGUUCAAGAAGGCUAGGCACUGGGUGAUACAUGGGAAUUAAUAAGAAACAUCAAGCUGAUUGUUUUAAGGACCGGACAUGAAGAGGGCAAAAAAAAACCCAAAAAACAACAAGGUAAAUGACGGUUUGUUUUCCAGGAAGAAAUUUGAGAAGAAUGGUGAAAAGAAUUACAAAUAGCAUGAUAUCUGGCUUGAUACCGGAGACUCCUUACUAACAGCAAAAGUCUCUUGAUCCCUCCUUUCAGAGCACAUGGAACAGUCGGUUACUAGUUUGCAGAAUUGGUAGCGUCCUUAUGACUCGAGAUAAUGUCUCUUAAAAAGCUGGUCCAAACUUCAGCACAUCCAUGAAGGAGAAAGCACACUCACUAAGCCAAUUACACAGAAGAGAUGGUUCUGCUGGUGGCAAUAUCAGAGGUGCUGUUGCUUCUGGGAUUGGCAGUGGAGUCAGAUUCUCUCUGCACACCCACCAUGUUUUACAAGAACUGCUGGAUCCGACGCUUUCCUGGUCUUCUGAUCGACCUGCAGGAAUCACAGAAGAGAGGAGCCCAGGUGCUGAAGAUUUACGCAGAAGUCUCCUCCCAGCAGUGCAGCAGAACCUGCUGCCUUCAGAGGAAUGUUUCCUGUAAUCUAGCAGUGUUCUACCAUGGAGCUACUAAUGAAAAUAUGAAUUGCUUGCACGUGUCUUGCCCAGCACUGGAAAGUUGCAUACUAAAGGCUAGAAUCAACGUUGUUUUGUACAACAUCACGACAGGGAUUGAUCCAGACCUUCUUAUUUUUGAAAGACUGAAAUUCAAGGGGCCAAGUAUUUACACCUCACAGAGUAAAUACGAAAGGCUAAACAGCACAAAGACCUCUGAGUGGGAAAGAUGCCAGCAUGGUAAUGUUACGUCAAGUUCACUUCUACUCCAAGCUCCAUCUUCUACCAUCACCUCCAGCACAAGCCUGAUGGCUGUAAAAACAAAAGGCAGCACAUAUUCCAGGGAAUCAACUUCUCUGCUGGAUAACCAUUUGGCUAAGAGGACAAGCACAACUUCAGGAAGUACUAGACUAUUCACUAGCUCAGACAGAAGGACUAUACACUCAACUUUGAUACCUAAAUCUGCAGAGGUGUUAUCCCGCAUGCCCACUCCUCCUCAUCUGAACAGCAGCAAACAACACUUAAAUGAAACCAAAGGUUACAGUGGCAGGAAUUAUACUUCAGACAAUGAAGCUCCUGUUUGGGAAGCUGCAGCUCUGGGUGUCUGGCUGAUUCCUGUUAUUCUCUGCUCUUAUCUCAUCUUCCUUUGCUUUUGUACUGUGGCUCCUGGAGCAGGGUGCUGCAGAAGUAGGAAAGGUCACUACCAACCCAUACAGAGAGGAAGAACAAUGUCUAGGCAAAUAAAAUACACUACUGUCCAAGGUGGCCUGUAAAAUACAGUCACCACCCUUGCUGUGGAACAAACAGCUUUUUUAAAAUGAAUUGUAUUUCCUGGCCUGAUUCUUUUACAGAACAAAGAGUAAGUUUCAGAAUCAUUCAGCUAUAAUUUCAUUCUCAACAAUUAAACAUAUUUCCAUGGUCUCUUUGGGUAAGAAUUGCACACUCACAGGUCUCAUUACAUAUUCAAAUCUGUUUGAGCAUAUUUUAGUACAAAAUCUGACUCAGAAUAACGCCUAACAAAAACAAUACGCUUACCCUAAUUUAAGAGAGCAGAUUCACUGCAGCUUACGUGACCUCUGCCCUGACUUUGACCAGCCUUAGAAAAACUGAUUUAAAUGUUAUAAUAUCAUAAAAGAUUUAAUGAUAGCAUUUAUUUAAUUGCCCUAGAUCUAGUUGUUUUCAUAAAAACUGUAUUCAUCUUUUCCUGUUAAAUUCUAGAUUGUUUUUUACUAUAUACUCCUAAUACUGGAAUAAAACAAUUUAACACGCACUGUUUACUUCCUCAAAGAAAAAUGCCCAUUAGUAAAGUAAGGCUCCAAAACUACUGACUUCCAUUAACUCAAACAUCUGAUCAUCCAAUUAUUUAUGCUUUGCUUUCACUUCAGUCUUCUGACAAUUACUUGAAAUGUUUCUGAAGCCCUCCUAGACUAGUACCACUACCUCCUACUACCAUUAGACUUCUUUUUAAAACUUAAUUGCUGUGUGAUGCACUGACAGAUCCACUCUACUACUACUAAGGAAAGCACAAAUGCAACCACCAACUGUUCAUGAAUUGCAGUUAUGGUCAAUUUGUACUGUCCACCUUCACUUGCUUUAUUAUGCCCACACAUAUUUAUCAUUUACAUCAUUUGCUUUUUUUAAUACGGACAUUUAAUGUACAUUGCACAGAGAUAUACAAAAGAUUUUAAAGCUUUAGAAGUUAGAAUUGUAAUUAAAAACAAACUUUUUGUUUCUUCACCCUGUGUACUCUCUUCAUAAAACUGCUACUCCUGAACAUAAAUCAAAUGACUACAUCAA